ACAGGAGGAGGAGGCAGAGAAGAAGGGGAGGUCGAAAGGAUGGAUAGAGGGAGUGAACGCCUUGUGGCAGUAAACAUUCGGAGGAAAUCCUCGCCAGAGUCCCAACUCCAAACAGCACAAGUGUUCUUACCUGUUCUAUACCGACGGGCGAAAACUUGGGAUAUAAUGGCCACACUUCCCUUACAAAUUCCAGGACUUCCGAGCGACCAAGAGAGUGAAUCCAGAAUCCUUAAAGUGAAAGUUAUUGCUGGGAUUGGCCUGGCUAAAAAAGACAUCCUCGGGGCAAGCGAUCCAUACACAAGAUUGUCUCUUUACGAUCCCGUUAGCGGGGAAAUAGCAAGCAUCCAGACUAAAACGAUUAAAAAGUCCCUGGAUCCAAAAUGGAAUGAAGAAUUUUAUUUUCGAGUCCAUCCCAGGAAAAACCGCCUCCUCCUGGAGGUGUUUGAUGAGAACCGCCUGACGCGUGAUGACUUUCUGGGACAGGUGGAUGUUCCUCUCCAUCAGAUACCAACAGAAAAUCCUGAUUCGCCAAGGCCAUACACAUUCAAGGAUUUUCUGCUUCACCCCAGAAGUCACAAGUCCAGAGUAAAGGGCCACUUGCGACUCAAAAUGACUUAUAUGCCAAGGAACCAGGGAUCAGAUGAGGAACAGACAGAUCAAACUGAAAACACUGAUCCUGCAUGGGAGCUUUUGGAAUCUCAGGACAUAUCGGGCCCAAUGCAGAGCCAGCAGGCACCUAUUCUGCCCCCUGGCUGGGAGGAGCGUCAGGACAACCUGGGAAGGACCUACUAUGUCCAUCAUGAGAGCAGAACCACACAGUGGCAGCCGCCUACAUUACAUGACAAUAAUGUGGACACAAGGAGGCAAAACACUACAAGACAGAGGGCGCAGAGUUACAUUACACGCAGACAAAUCUCAGACCCUGAUGAGACCACUGCACAAGAUGAGGAAUGGGAGGUUUUGGAAGAUGAAUCCACUCUGAACCAGGGCAACCGGCUCACUUCGCCCCCGGAGAUGCAGAUGUUGAAUGAUGAGCUAAGAAACUUGUAUAUUACUGGGGCUGCAUCUUACGACCAUCAGGCGGAUCAUGGGUGUAAUUCAAGGCAUUCCAAUCGCGCAAGAAGUUUUCACAUGUCAACAACAGCGGAACAUCCUGUUAAUUCUGCGCUGCUUGGGACCUCUGAGGUGCUGCCUCCAGGAUGGGAGGAAAAGAGAGACAGUAAAGGAAGACGCUACUAUAUCAACCACAAUAAGCGAACCACCUCAUGGAUACGACCCCGCAUGCAUAGAACAAAUUCAACAUCAGCUGCCACGCAGAGUCGUGCGAGUCCGCCGUCCAUCACGUCUGUGUCCCCUGUAGCAUCUCCCUCAACAUCAGCUGCCACACAGAGUCGUGCGAGUCCGCCGUCCAUCACGUCUGUGUCCCCUGUAGCAUCUCCCCAGCACACUCCCAGCCCGGAAGCCACAUCAGAGUAUGGCUCUAUGCCAACUGGUUGGGAGGUCCGCAGUGCUCCCAAUGGAAGACCGUUUUUCAUUGACCACAAUACAAAGACUACUACCUGGCAAGAUCCCAGGCUUACGGUUCCUGUUCAUGCAAGGAGUAGACCCUCACUGGACCCAUCUGAUCUUGGCCCAAUGCCACCUGGUUGGGAGGAGAGGGUCCACACAGAUGGGAGGAUAUUUUACAUUGAUCACAAUACAAAGAUCACACAAUGGGAUGAUCCUCGAUUACAGAACUCAGCAAUAACUGGACCAGCUGUGCCUUAUUCCAGAGAUUACAAACAGAAGUAUGAUUACUUCCGCAAGAAGCUAAAGAAACCAGACAACAUCCCGAAUAGAUUUGAGAUGAAGGUGAGACGAAACGCAGUGUUGGAGGACUCGUACCGGCAAAUCCUCCUUGUGAAGCGGCCAGACUUGUUGAAAGCGCGACUGUGGGUGGAGUUCGAGGGAGAAAAGGGUUUGGACUACGGAGGUUUGGCCCGGGAGUGGUUUUUCCUCAUGUCCAAGGAAAUGUUCAAUCCCUACUACGGACUCUUUGAAUAUUCUGCCACUGACAACUAUACACUGCAGAUUAAUCCCAACUCAGGUCUAUGUAAUGAGGACCACCUAACUUACUUCAAGUGCAUUGGCCGCGUGGCAGGAAUGGCCGUCUGGCAUGGAAAACUACUUGAUGCUUUCUUCAUUCGGCCUUUCUACAAAAUGAUGCUGCAGAAGCCCAUAACCCUGCAGGACAUGGAGUCUGUCGAUAGUGAAUAUUUUAAUUCACUCAAGUGGAUUUUGGAGAACGACCCAACUGACCUGGAUUUGAUGUUUACCAUUGAUGAGGAGCUCUUCGGACAGACUCACCAGCAUGAGCUGAAGCCCAACGGUGCAGAGAUUGUUGUCACAAAUGAAAACAAGGAUGAAUACAUCCAUCUUGUGAUCCAGUGGCGCUUCGUAAACCGAAUCCAGAAGCAGAUGACUGCCUUCAAGGAUGGAUUCUUUGAGUUGAUCCCUCAGGAUCUGAUCAAGAUCUUUGAUGAGAACGAGCUUGAGUUGCUCAUGUGUGGCUUGGGAGACGUGGAUGUGAACGACUGGAGACAGAACACCAAGUACAAGAGUGGCUACAAUUCAAACCAUGUGGUAAUCAGCUGGUUCUGGAAAGCGGUACUGCUAAUGGAUGCCGAAAAGCGAAUUCGUCUCUUGCAGUUUGUGACGGGAACAUCUAGAGUGCCAAUGAACGGUUUUGGAGAACUCUAUGGAUCUAAUGGGCCGCAGCGGUUCACCAUUGAGCAGUGGGGAACACGGGACAAACUGCCGCGAGCACACACGUGCUUUAACCGUCUAGACCUCCCACCCUACGAGUCCUUCGAGGAACUUAGGGAGAAACUUCAUAUUGCAAUCGAGAAUGCGCAAGGCUUUGACGGUGUGGAUUAGUCAAUUCACCAACACUAAGUGAGAAUCCAAGCGGCGCCGGAUGUUGUACAUUUCCAAGAGGCACGAAAAAACGGACACGGGGCCCUCACUUUGGUCAACACAUGGAACGACAAUGUUCUGAGUGACAGGUGUCGUAAUAAUCUCUACUUAUGUUCCAAAGUUUACAAAUCAGGGUCUUUUUUUUUUUUUCGUCUUUUCAUGCCAAAUGACAAAAUUACCAAGAUGAUAAGACCAGAAAAGAGUUUUCAGGCUGUCUCAGGAUUUGCCGCCAAUCUGGAUUAUUAUUUGGAAAAUUAUUUUUCACUCAUACCCCCAAAUGUGUUUAAAUAAUCAUUGAUUGAGUGUUGAUUUAACCCACUUGAUGCCUACAUUUAACUCAUUGGCUCCUAAUGACAGCGAAAGACGUCCAAUCCAUUUUGAGUGGAAGGGCUAAAAUCACUGGCAGCCAAAUUGGAUUGGACGUUGCUGUCAAUGGCAGUGAAUGAGUUAAAUUAUACAUCAAAAAGCAUUGGCGGAUUAGAUAAGCACAUAAAAAUGAUGACAAUUUGAAAAAAAAAAAAUUGAAUUAAUUUGAAAACUCAAAUUGGAAAACCCUAAAUUAAAAAAUCACACAAAAAUGAAAUGUAAAAAAAAAACUGAAAAUAAGAAGAAAAUUGAAGAAUUUUGGGGUGGGGGAUUUGAAAACUGAAUAAAAAGAUGAUGAUGAACACUACAUUACUGAUUUAAUUUUUUAUUUCCUAAACUAAUAUAUAUUUUUAAUUGAUUUUCUUUUUCACCCCUUUUGCUGUGUUUUUAAGAGAAAAUUUCUAUAUUCAGUAUUUUUUCAUUAAUAAUAUUUUUAUGUAGUUAUGUAUUCCUCCAAUGCGUUACGUACAGUAUAUUUGUUAUACUGUAUAUAAAUUCAGGCAUGCAGAGGUUAAAUCCAGGACUAUUUUGGGAAUGUAAUUUCUUUAAACGGUCAUAUGGGGGCGCAAUAGAAUAGGAGCCUGUGCCGUUUUCUGACCCUCAUGAGACUUUAAAUAAGCAGAACAUUAGUUUCAUGACUUUAUUUUUUAAUUUUUAAUUUUUAUUUAGAUAUCAUCCUUGAACUUCACUUGCGUAAAGUCAUGUAAAAAGCACAGAGUUAAUUGUAAAAAACAAAACAAAAAAAAACAACAAAUAAAUAAAUAAAUCGUGGGUCCAGGUGUGGAAUCACUGCCCACAGCUUGGAAAAAUAAUAAUAAUAUGUAAAUUAUUAAGUGGUGCCUUGAAAUACGAGUUGAAUUUGCUUCCCACUCAAAACGUGGAACUCAGAUCAUCUUUCCCAUUAAAAAAAUAUUUAUAUAUCAUGAGAUAGUGACAUUUAAUCAUAGCAUAAAUACAUAUGGUAGUUUCAUAGUAUUUACGGUAACUGAUUACCUGCCAUUGAAUGCUCAUCUUCCACUGCCAUUAAGACAACAAGCUGCCACCCUCUCCCAGUCAAAAUGGAUUGGACGUCUAGCGCCGUCAAUGGCAGCCAAUGAGUUGCCAUUUCUAAGGAAACCCUAUUAUAUAAAGAAUUAAAUCAUGAGUGCCUUUUUUUUGCCUCAUUGGAUAUUGUGCUGCUCUUUUUGGUGUGCAUUGUUUGCUCACCUCAGGGAGAGUUCUUCAAAGAGGAUAAAGAAUAUUACCUUGUGCGUAUUUUCAUAUGUUCCGUCUACAUGUAUUGCUACAGUUCAUAUAUCAGUAAACCCGUAUGACAGAUCACUCAUAUCUCAAGGCACCGCCAUGUUCUAAACUUAAACCUUAUCCGGGAUUGAAGAAAAUCUACUUUUAAAAGCACGUUUUGUUGUCUCGUAUCAUAAAAAUUCAUAAUGUUCCUACAAAGUUGUGUACAUGCUCUUACAUGAUUCAUUCCAAUUUAUCAUUACACGCACUAAAGUGGUGAGUGUGUGUGCCUUAAAAACAGAAAAUGUGCAGGUUGUGUGAAAGUAAGCCAAGUAUAUGACUAAUAUAUGGAGUUAGAAAAGUACCAAUACUAGGACCAGUUCAAUACUCGACUUAUUUCUGAUCCACAUCCGUGUCUAUGUGGCGAUGCAAAGAGGUUUGAGUAUAUUAUAAAACUAUGCAUCUACACACAAUUGUUGCCUCCUACAAAAUGAUGAAGCUUUUAUUAUGGCUGUGAAAGUUUUUCAAAGUUGAAUGAAAACACAAAACAGUCAUUGGUGCACCACUAUGUAAUUUAGCCUUUUUGUUUAUGCUUAUUGUCAUAUCUUACUCAAUACUGAAAGUGUAUGUGAUGAAUGAAACUUUUCUUUUUCACCGGAUAUUAGCUCGCGGAAACAUUUACCAGCAUGUGACUGAAUUGUUUAUGUGCACUGGUGAAUCGUGUAUUCAUAAUGGACUUGUCAUAAAGUGGUAUAAGUAGUACAUUUUUAAAAAAAAUGUUUGUUUUCUGAAUGGUAAGAAGUGUUUACACCGUCUGCCACGUUUACAAGGUCGUUGACAACGGCAGUUGUUGUGGGCUGGUUCUUGUCACCGACAACAAAGCUAAAAGAUGCUUUUAUAAAGUUACGCACUUUGUUCGGAUCAACGAGUCUUACUUUUGAACACUUCUUAAAAUGAUCCUCUGCUUCAAGUGCACCUGUUGAAAUGUUUACAUGUUGACAUCGCGGUAAUCAAGCACAUUUCUUCACUUUUUCUCUCUCCCUCGUAUUGAAAAUGAUGUCUCGUGCUGUCGAUGUCCGUCUAUGAUAUAGUAACACUCAAUAUCUGUGGGAUAACAUUUUCUUUCAAGUGUCAACUGUCAGUGCAUUAUAGCAAACAUUUAUGGCACAUCAUGUAUAUGACAAUAUUUUAAAGCGUGGAAUGAAAUGUAGUUUCUCAAAAUUUGUUGAUAGCACAACAGAGAUAUAUUUGACAAAUAAAGAAAAGUGAAAAUAA